AUGGAUAUUACUUCCAGCAACAUCCGCCGAAAGGCUCUACAGAAAAUCGCGGCCUUGUCCGCAACCUCAUCUCCAACUACCUUCGAAAGUUCAGAUCUCGAGCGGCUCUGCAAAGGCUGUCCCGCAAAGACCAAUGUAAAAUCCAAUGGAACCGGAGUGGCUGGACUGCUGUCAGGUUCACCUAUGAACAUACGGGAGUUCGACGUCCUGCUGGCUCUCUGCAAAGCCGCGCCGCUCUUGGAAACACCCCAAAGUGCUCAAAAGCUGGUGGAGCAGCUUUCUCCCUACAUUCUGGAAGCCCAUACACAAGAGUUUGUGCCUUCGCCUUUCUUCCGCGAUAUCGAGCCCUCCCCGAUCGAGGCUCUAAGUUAUCACCUCACUACGGCUCUGCUCUCGUUGGGAAUCAACCACAAAUUUCUAGGAGGAGCGGUUUCCGAGAAGCUAUGGGGCUAUCUCCGUCACUGCUUGACUGCCGCUGAGGCAGCCUCCUCCCUUCACGUCGCUGGACUGCAAGACGGUAGUGUAACCGAAGUAGAAGAUGCUAUGAACGUCGCAAGUCUCACGUUGUCAAUUCUUGGAUUCCUGGAUGCGGCCGCGACAUAUGCGAAUUUCUGGAACCCAGCUGACAGACUAGCGUUGAUCGAACGUACACAAAGAGUUCUGUCCGAAGGCUUCUUGCUGGCCGUUGAGACGGCAUUCUCAACUAUCAGGAAUUCUAACUCGCAACAUGUGAACAUUAGAGAGUGGAAAAGAUACGCCCGCCAUUAUGCUGCUAUCGGACGCCCUCUUGGAGCCAUGCUUCUUCAACGAAGCUUGAUGUGGCUUUUGGUUGCUGGAACCUCACUUCUCGUUGCUGAUAUUUCUGUACUCAGGGGAAGUGAUGUCUUGGACCUACUAAUGUCGGGUACCUCAAUCUUGAAAUCCGAUGCUUCUGGAGCUGAUGAACCAGAUUUCGCAACUAUUGAGACAAUGGCGGAUAUUGCUGCUGAAGAGAUGAGCCUUCUUGAGGACGGUGCUGACUACCUGCGACUUGGAUCGGCGUGGCAAAAAAGGCUGGCAUUUUCUGUCAAGGCUGGCGCAUUGACAAGCUAUUUAAACUGUACUCUGCUCAACGAGGAUGCCGCAGACGCUGAAAUAUUGAUGACCUGGCUCGAGGAGACCCUUGCAGAUUCAGUACAGAUGGCUGAUGAGACGCUUGCCAGUGUGGUACUCCGCUCCAUGGCCUUGAUAUCUAAAUUAUCUCCUGAGUUUGCUCCUCAUGUAAGUCGACUGCUACCACGGUUCAUCGUCCAAGGUGGUGCUCGAGGCCAGACCAUUGCCGUCGCAUCUACUUGCCUAGCCUACGUUCUGCAAACACUGUCCCAAGAUGCUAUCAUCACGACUCUGUAUACUCUUGGAAACGUUCUCAGCUCCAGGGCGAAACCAGAGAGAGCCCUCAACGGUGUAUUCAACGGGGAUUUGAACAUGGAAGGAAGCCCCAACUCUACCUUUUACCCCGGAAAGCAAUCCACGGGAAGUUCGAUAUCGCUGGUAAUUAGUGGAGAUGAAGAUACCUCGGAGGUGUAUGAAAAUGUGGUUCAGGCCGUAUGUGGUGUUGCUGACCGUUGCAAUGAUCCCAAGAUCACAGCCUUGGCCCAAUCUAUGCUUCUCCAGAAGAUUGAUAAGGUCAGUCGGUCCGUUGACGCAACGAUCAUUACGGAAACAACAGCGUUAGCUCUACACGGAGGUCAGCUGGAAUUUCGCUCUCUGCUCAAGCUAUACGCUCGGAUCAGCCAUGAUGGGAUUAUGUCAAAGAAUGAUGCUUUAGUCAAUGCAGUUACGAGAGGUCGUAAUUACCUGUCGGCCCGUCUGAAGAAGGAAUCGCCACUCUACGAGAUCUAUCUCCAGCAUCUACUGGAAUCCAUCAUUAGCUUGGGAGAUGUUCACCAAGCUCAAAACUCGGGAGAAGCAGACGUUGAAGUCGCUGCGAACGAGAUUGCCCAACUGCUACAACCUCUUGCAGUGCUAAUGUCAAGCAAUAACUUGGCAAACGAAGAGGAAUUGAACGAGGAGACAAUAUCAAUGAUCCGUGAUGCCUGGUUCAAUGUCGUCGUUCACGGUUUUAGUACCGCUACUGAACUUGGCAAGAAAUACCUGAGCGAAUUGAGGCUCAUCGCCAUUCAUUCGCAGCCUCUUGUUGCUGAGCAAAAGGGAGACCAGAUCGAGAGCGAUAUUGAACUGAACACCAUCCUUCGCCGUGGUAUGAGCUCAGAGCGCGAAGCGGCUCAAAAGAAACGUCUUACGGCGCUCAUUCCUUCAAAAUCCUCGGAUAUAAGAGGCCUAAGCUACCGAAAAGUGAUUUUCCUCCAAGCUGCGUUCCUUGUCGAGACACUGCGAGCCGACUCAGGCGAUUGUACCAAGGCUUUUACAUAUUUCCUGGAGCCCAGUAUGAGGAAAGGAGAAAUGAGCAGUGCUAUGGAUUCCAUUAUGCAGACUGUCAUGGAUAUCUAUCUGCACAAGACUAUGACUGGGCUGAACCCAACCUUUUCGGCCCCUUACGUUGCGAGGCAAUUGGCGUCCAUAUUCAGUGGUUGUUGCUAUCGUAUUGAGAGAGUCCAAGAAGCUGCAAUGAGCUGUGCUGAUAAGAUAAUCCGAGACGUUCCUUCUGCUCUUUGUCACAAAUCGUCGCUCUUCGCACUUCUUGAACUCCUCUCCCUGAUGUGGACCAGUUGCUUGGAGGCCGAGACAGACGAGUAUGAGUGGAAGUCAUCCUUCACAUCUACGCGAGGCCAAGUCAUGAUAGAGUUGUCUGAUGACUUUGACCUUCGCCGCCGGACUCUCAACAGCCUCUAUAAACAGGCCAGAGCAUGGGUGACGUCCGUGAUAAAUAUAGCUCCUCAGGAUGUCAAAGGUCUCCUCCAGACGUAUCUCUCUGAGUAUGAUGACGAGGGAGCCUAUGGGCAUGUCUCUUUGGGAAGGUCUUUCGCAACAGAAAUGGGGUCGCUCAUUCCCGGAACAGAUCAACGUCUCGGUGCUAUAGACCGCCAUGGAGAUUGCAAGAUCAACACAGCCUCUGACUUCAUAGCUCAGUAUACCACUCGGCAGGAAUAUCGGCACGCGGAAGCUCUUCCAGAUCACGACGCAGAGUGGCUGCAUUUCAUGCACUUCGACAAGCGACGGGACUCGAACACUUCGAAAAUGGACAAGGACCUUGAAGACGCUAGUACAGUGCUUUCGAAUUUGGAGGCCCGAACCCUGCAGCACAAGUACAUCCCCAUCGGUGAGCUUCGAGACAUUCUGAGGAGAGCCGCUGCGUUGCUGUGCAGAACCAGGAAAGAUGAGUGUGCCGUUGUGCACCAUCUCGUUGGUAUCCCGUUUUCAAUCUUCACCAAACAGUCCAUCAAGCUGGGUAUCUCUCUGUGGCUAGGAGUGAUCAAUGAGAACCCUCGAAUGGAGCCACGAAUUCUCAUGGAAAUUGCUCAGCAAUGGGAAGCUACUGUCCAUAAACGUUUGGGUAUCUUCAACUCAAAAUUCCUUCAUCCUGAUCCAUUCUACAUCAAAGAAGAGUUUGCACCUAGCGACAGACUCUCUUUGUUGAAGAAGCAACAGAUUGCGCACAAUUUACUGGCACCACACAUGCGCCUCCUCCAAUUUCUAGGGAGCCAUUUCAAUGCAACCCGUCGAGGGAGCCCAAACAUCGAGAAAAUCUUCUUAAGACUUUUGGACGUGACCCUUGAUGGUCUCAAGCACGCUACUGGCCACCCUCUUGCACGAGAAAUCAGGUUCCAGAUCAUCUUGUUCGCUCUGAAGGUAUUAAGGCAUAGCAUCGCGCUCAACUUCAGUUCCAGAUGCUUGCUGAAGGACCGAAUUCUGUCGGCUGCCCUGACUUGGUUCACUUUCCCACCCUGUUGGUCUUUUGGUGGCAACAGACUUCGGUUGAAAGCCGAGACCCGUCUUCUUUCGGACGUGUCCACGGCGCUGAAAAAUGUGCAGCUGUUUGGUGGCAAACCAUCGCCUCUUUCCAAGACACUUGAAGCUAAAGAAAGCCUGCUUCAAGUUCUGAUCGAGAGCGAACUUGUGAGACUGAGUGUUUGGCUGCAUCCUCUGAAUGAAGCCAGAGAUGCCUACGGCCCAGGUCAAAAUUCCAAGGGCCCUACCGAGGCCGCUUUGCUUGGACUUGUAAGGACGGCAUGGGCCGAGAGUCCAUCACUGGCGGUUCAAUUAGUCUCGAGAUUUCCGUCGCCCAAACUUCACAAAGAGGUUAGAUGGCUUCUGAUCAACUUUCCCGACAAAGCUGUCUCAGAACCAGAAGCUGUCCAGCUUUUGUUAGGACAAACUUUACCCAGCGAUGUUUCCUUCCAGCUAAAACAUCUCUUAUACUGGUCAGCGGUCAAUCCAAUCACGGCAGUCACCUUUUUCCUGCCCGCAUAUCUAAACAAUCCGUUUAUACUUCAGUAUGCGAUGCGGGCUUUGGAGAGUCACUCGGUGGAUGUGACAUUUUUCUUCGUUCCGCAAAUUGUCCAAGCUUUACGUUAUGAUGGCCUAGGUUAUGUUGAGCGAUAUAUUGUCGAGACCGCGAAAUUUUCUCAACUCUUUGCCCAUCAAAUCAUCUGGAAUAUGAAAGCGAACGCGUACAAGGACGAAGAUUCACAGAUUCCGGAUGUCGUAAAGCCAACACUCGACAAGGUGAUGGAUCGCAUGAUUAGUGGGUUUUCUGGAACUGACAAGACAUUCUACGAGCGGGAGUUUACAUUCUUCGAUGAAGUCACAAGCAUCUCCGGAAAAUUGAAGCCAUUCAUCAAGGCGCCAAAGCCCGAGAAGAAGCAGAAGAUUGAAGAAGAACUUCGCAAAAUCAAGGUCGAAGUUGGAGUAUAUCUACCGAGUAACCCCGAUGGUGUUGUGAUAGGUAUCGACCGAAAGUCCGGCAAGCCACUUCAAAGUCACGCCAAGGCUCCUUAUAUGGCAACUUUCCGGAUCAAGAAGAAUAUUGGAGAUAUGGAAAGCACUGACGAGAUGUUGGAGGAGACCAACAAGACUGACUCCGUGCCCCGGGAGAAUACUGUUGAAGUGUGGCAGUCUGCCAUUUUCAAAGUCGGGGAUGAUUGUCGGCAAGAUGUCCUGGCUCUCCAGAUGAUUGCUGCCUUCCGGGGGAUCUUCCAUGAUGUCGGCCUCGACGUUUACGUAUUCCCCUACCGGGUCACUGCGACUGCUCCAGGCUGCGGUGUGAUCGAUGUCUUGCCAAACUCCAUUUCGCGUGAUAUGGUUGGACGAGAAGCUGUCAAUGGGCUCUACGACUACUUCGUCUCGAAGUACGGCAAUGAAGACUCGCUACGCUUUCAAGAAGCGAGAAGUAACUUCGUCAAGAGUAUGGCCGCUUACUCGCUCAUCUCCUUCCUACUCCAGUUCAAGGAUCGUCAUAAUGGAAACAUUAUGAUCGACGACGCAGGACACAUCCUCCACAUUGAUUUCGGUUUUUGCUUCGACAUUGCACCUGGUGGUGUCAAGUUCGAAAGAGCUCCAUUCAAGCUUACUUCUGAGAUGAUGGCUGUCAUGGGUGGACGAACGGAUCAUCAGGCGUUCAAGUGGUUUGAAGAGCUUACCAUCAAGGCUUUCCUGGCUUGUCGACCUUAUGCCGAAAAGCUAUCUCAGCUUGUGCGCCUGAUGCUGGAUUCUGGACUGCCCUGUUUUAAGCCAGAAACUAUUCAAAAUUUCAAGGAUAGAUUCGUGCUAGAAAAGAGUGAAAGAGAGGCUGCCGACUUCAUGAAGGGAUUGAUCAAGAGGAGUUAUUCCAGCUACUCCACUGGAGUCUACGAUCAGUUUCAACUAAUGACUAAUGGCAUUCCCUAUUAG